GCCGUGAGCUGAUCAGGCAGCUCAUUCAUUGAACGCCUCGGCUGCGAGGCCAAAGAGUUCCGCUUACACGCAUCAGGAAGGGGCCGCUUCAGCCCCAGUUGCGCCCGGGUGGCUGCGCGUCCGCGCAAGAGCCGCCCCUUCUCUGGCGCAAAGGUCUGGGGCUGGUGGGCGUCGCGAUUGGCUCUCGGACCUGCGAGCAGCUGCGCGCCCAUUGGCUGCCGGGCUUCCUUUGUUCCUUUCGCCGCUGCCGCAGGAGAGCGGAAGUUUGAGCGCGCUCGCUUGCAGCUGGAGCUGCCCGGGGCCAGCGAGCGAGCGAGCGAGCCAGCGAAGUGAGCCUCCCUGCGCUCAUUUCCUUUCUAACCACAUCCGACUGUCAGGGAGCAACAGCAGGAGGGAGGAGGGCAUUUGUGCUCUGAGUGUCUCCCUCGCCCCGGAUCUCGCGUGCGCGCGCUGCGGAUCCAACAUGGAUCUAGAAAGCAAGAUCAAGAAGGUAAGGAAGCAGCGCGCAACUUCAGCGCGGGCGCGGAGGGAGCGAGGGCGGCUAAAGUUACCUGUCCGCGCUGGCCAACGCCCCUGACACUCUUGCUUGCUGCCUGCUAUUGUUCUCCUCCUCGGUUUGUAAGAUCCCAAACCCAUUUUCCCCCCACACACCCCUCUCCGUCUCAAGUUCAUCCUUGGAUAGUAGAAUGUGCCUCCUUCGUAAUAUUGAAGGGGAGAGGGCGCUGCUGCAGAGAUAUUAUUAUUAUUAUUAUUAUUAUUAUUAUUAUUAUUAUUAUUAUUAUUUUGCUACUAUGCAAAUAAAUAUUUUUUUGUUUUUAAAAGCAUUGUCCCGGAGGGAUUUGGCUGAGACUGUGGUUAUCGGUAGGUUCCACAAUCCUGGCAGGGCAAAUCCUACCUACGUUUACUCAGAACUAGGUCGUUGUGUGUUUAAUGGGGCGUACUCCCCAGUAAGUAGGUAAAAGUGCGUUCGAUUCAGUCGGUGGAGCAUGAGACUCUGAAGCUCAGGCUCAUGGGUACGAGCCCCACGCUGGGUAAAAGAUUUCUGCAUUGCAGGAGGUUGGACUAGAUGACCGCUGGGUCGCUUCCAACUCUACAGUUCAGUGAUUCUAUGAGUCUGGGAAAGCUGUGCCGAAAAUAAAACCAAAAGUAUACAGUAAAGUCUGAAUGACAAGAGAAAAUGGAGAAAAUAUUAGGCUCCUGUCCCUAGCACAAUCUCCCGCUCCACCAGUCCUUCCAGGUGGUUUUUCCCCUCCCCAAAAUUCAGAUUCUUUGUUCUCUAGAUAUGCCCAAAUAUUACCAAACAGGAGUUAAUCUGUGCUUGCUGUGAUGGAUUCUGUGUUAGUGUGUACAGUUCAAUAUGUACGGACAAGCAGAUCUCUUUUAAGUGUUCUCUAGUUCUAUGAUGCACCGACAUUAAAAGCAGUGCAACUCCCUAAGGCUUUCACCUCUUUUACCAUUUUUAUUCUGUAAGUUUAGGAUGGAAACUUGAAUCUUUGCAACACCUGAGCUGUUUGGAACGAAAUACUCUGCAUUGGUUACUCAGAUUUGUUGGAGGAGGCAGGCUGUUUUAGAAAAGCCAAGUCUUAAUUGAGUAGGCAUUUUCUAAAGCUGGAGCAAAAUGUGUGCUCAACUGAAGUAGGUUUGUUGCACGCUUUUAUUCAAUUUUAUGGUGUGCAUAGGUGCCAAAAUAAGGUAGAAGAUGGGGAAAUAGAGACAUUUCUGCUCUAGUCAUUAAUGACAGGAAUUACUGUAAUCUCUGACUUCUUGCUGGGAUAGGCUCUACCUUAGAGAGGGCCAGAACAUAUGAACAUUCUGGUGCUGUGGUGUUAUUUAAAAGCAAUAAACAUUUUAAUGUUUUUUUAAAUCUUUUAACAUUCUUAUUAUUGUUGAUUUAUUCUAUUUACUUAAUUCUCAUUCAGCUACACAAUCCACUUGGGUGCACCGUUGACCUGCUCUUAGUGGAUCCCCACGUGUGCUCACAUGAUCCCCAUCAGCAGCAAACCUUUCUCUGCGAAAGAGCACACCUUAGCUGUUAUGCACCCUGAGCACGCACUCUUUGCUCUGUUAAGUUUAAAAGCCUAUUGAUAAACCACACAGAUUAUUGGAGGAAAGAAGGAAAGGUCUACACACUGAAGUCAACCUACUGUGAAGUUAUACCACAGUCCUAUGAAGUAAGCAGAGGCGGUUUUGGGUGGCCCCAACGGUUCGACCACAGGGGGCGCAGCACUGCAGGGGCGCCACAACAGUGCUGUAGAAUAGGGCGCAAGUGGUGGAGAGCCCAAAUUUCAGCAUCGCACAGGGCGCCGCUGAAAUUUGAGAGCCCAAAGACUGCCACUGAAGUAUGUACGAGCUCCAGACCUGGGGAGCCUACCAGAAUCUACAGUUGCUCCAGGGCAGCGAAACAUCAUGGUUCAUGGCCUGGUGCUCAAAUAGUUCUUCCAUUUACUUUUUGUAGCCCACACCAGUGAAAGCUGAUGAAUAGAUUGGAUGUUGGUGUGCACUGUUGAUGUAUGCUAAUAGUCUAUUUGCGCAGCCUUAAUUUGCUAUUUCUUUUGGAAGAGUGAGAAUAUAAGAAAGAAGGGAACCUGAGCACUUGAGCCCCAGGCUGCAUGUCCCUUACGUUGGCCUAGAGUAGCCUUCCCCAGCCUAGCACCCUUCAGAUGUUUUGGGCCAUAACUCCCAUCAUCCCUGACCAUUGGCCAUGCUGACUGAGGUUGAUGGGAGUUGCAGAACAUCUGAAGGGCAUCAGGUUGGGUGAAGGAUGAGUUUCAGGUCCCAAUGCCUGGCUCUGGCAGCACUAGCAAUAGUCAACAAUGUUUGGGCAACACGAUGAUCAUAUACAUACGUAAUAGACAAUCUUUAUAGAAUUCUUUCCAACAAUAACAAGUUCAAAAUGAAAUCUUAGACUCAAAGUCUCUGAAAGCCUUUAAAUGAAGCGAGGUACCAAACUUUGCAAUAUAAUGUCCAACAGAGUUUCCAACUUUGUAAUAUAAUGAACAGAGAUUCCGGAUAUUGACUGCUGUUUUGUAGAUCUUUGUCAGCGUGGUGGGAGAAUAUAGAAUUGUUUUAUAAAGGUAAAGGGACCCCUGACCAUUAGGUCCAAUCAUGGCCGACUCUGGGGUUGCGGUGCUCAUCUCGCUUUAUUGGCCGAGGGAGCCGGCUUACAGCUUCUGGGUCAUGUGGCCAGCAUGACUAAGCCGCUUCUGGCGAACCAGAGCAGCGCACGGAAAUGCCGUUUACCUUCCCGCCGGAGUGGUACCUAUUUAUCUACUUGCACUUUGACGUGCUUUCGAACUGCUAGGUUGGCAGGAGCAGGGACCGAGCAAUGGGAGCUCACCCCCUCGCGGGGAUUCGAACCGCCGGCCUACUGAUCGGCAAGUCCUAGGCUCUGUGGUUUAACCCACAGCGCCAUCCGCAUCCCUAGAAUUGUUUCAUAAACCCAUCUUAUUUCGAAUGAAUAUAUGUGAAUGAAAAUAUAAAAUGCUGUGGAGCAGUGCUCAUGUAUAAUGUAGUCACUGCUCAGCAUAUAUUCAUUGAACUUGUUAUUGACUGAAAGAAUUCUAUAAGGAUUGUCUAUUACGUAUGUAUACGGUCAUCAUGUUGCCCAAACAUUGUUGACGUUCUCUUUUGCAACACAGGGGUUUGUUUGGAUACUUAUUGUAGCACCAGAAAUAGGCCAGAUUGUGACUGUUUCUCCAGGGAUACCAAAUGAGUCCAUGCAGAGCAUGGACUUGGGCUUGAGCUACCAGACUCUAAAUGCAACAAUUAUUGUGUCACAUACCUGUACAACUCCAUAUGCACCAACGCCAACCAGUAAACUUCUGAACUUUCAGUAUAAAUAGUUUGAAGCUGCGUGAGCCAUCUCGAUAAAUGAAAGAGAGGGGAAGUUUCUUAAUAUCCUGGUUAGCCAGAACUUCACAUAGGAUGGUGGUAAUUUUGCACAAAAAGGAAUGUAUAUUCACUGGAAACAUGAUUACGGAAGGAGUAUAAUUAAUGGAUUCAACUUUAUACUCAUGCAUUUCUUCAAGAACGUAUAUAAUCUGCUCCAUAUUAGUUUUUCAGAUGUCACUGCUUCUCCUUUAGUAUAUGAAAGAGGUCUCAGAUAAUUGGUCAGUGUCACACAAGUGAAAGGAACUCCAGGAAACUUGCUGAUGUUUUUUGUGUUGCAUUCAACUUCCAGUGUCUAUGGCUACAAGCCAACUUUUUUUGUGACACUUCAUAAAGGUACUGUAUAUUUAAUUGUUGCCCAAAAGGCCACUUUUAAGGGCAGUUUAAAACUUGUGCUGAAAGUGAUAGCUUAGCAACAUAGCUCUUUCCAUCAUCAUAUAUAUCUUCAGAAUAUUUUACAUGGAAGAAUAAAUGUAUGCUUGCUUCUUUGAUGUUACAAUUAGCAAGCAUUAGGCUGAAGUAGUCAAUCUGUUGUCCAGCUUUUGUUAACACACACACACACACACACUCUCUCUCUCUCUCUCUCUCUCUCUCUCUCUCUUUCUCUCUUUGAGGAAGUAUGACUCUUUCAGUUAGGUUUUGGGAUUACAGAAAAUUAUAAGAGACCACAUAUCUGUCAUUUAAACAAAUCUGUUGAGACCCUGGAAAAUGUUUUCAGGUGGGUAUCUUACCUGCAGGAGUGUGUUAUACAGUAUACAGUGGUACCUUGGUUUAAGAACGGCUUAGUUUAUGAACAACUUGGAUUAAGAAUGCUGCAAACCCGGAAGUAGGUGUUUUGGUUUGUGAACUUUGCCUUGGAAUAAGAACAUGUUUCGCUUCCUGUUGAGUGUGUUCCAUUUGUAAAUCGAGUCCCCCACUGCUAUGGGAAAGCACACCUUGGUUUAAGAACGCUUUGGUUUAAGAACGGACUUCCAGAACGGAUUAAGUACCUAAACCAAGGUACCAGUGUACAAGAAUAGCUGUUGUUGUGGAGAACAAGAAACUGUGUCCAGGCCUUGGCCAUGAACAGAAAUUUGUGAAUGAUAUAUUUACUCUCUUACGCAGCCAUCUGCAACCUCUUUGUUUAGGAAUAAAUGGAAAUAAAUGUUUAUGAAAGAUUUAAGAGAUCCCGUUCCAGAAGAAGAUAAAAUGUAGUAAGGAUAAACACAUGCCAGUGUUGGCAUAAGCUAUGUGGUAGUUGUAUAAGUAUCGCUGUAAUCUGGAGGCCAGAAAAAUAGAAGAGAACAUGUAGUAUGUUGGUAAGAAACUCUUCUUCAUAAACGUUGUCCCUGCCAUCGGUUGGAACCAACCCACUUCCUAAAUUUUAAGAAAUUUAAUGUGAGGUGGAUUAAUCCGUUCCAGUUCUGGCAACUGAACACAUCCUAAUAGGCAAAACUGUGCAUCCCCUUUGAUCUCAGUGAUGCUCUUUGGUAGUUCAGACCUGAUGAAAACUGACUCCAUUAACUGUGGCCAACAGAGAGCUUUGAUGCUCUGUGAUUUCAGGCUUCCUGAUGCAAUGGUGAACAUAAAUAUCAGGCUUGAGACCUUCUUCUCGUUACCUGAUCUUGUGUGAAAUCUGAAGACCUGUGGAAAAGUACAUCUGAAAAACAUCCAUCUGGUUCUCCUAUCUUUGAAAGCAACCGCUUUGCUCUCUUCAUAAAUUCCAUAACUUGGUUUUCUCGCUGGAACAUACUUUACCUUAAUUCAAAGCCAUCCUAUGAGCUGAAUGAGAAUGUACUUCUAUAAUUAUAGCUCUUAAUUGCUUCAUAGAGCAUGUUCAUUUUCAAAAAUGACAUUGCAGACAAAGGUGGCUACUUCUUUAUAGAUGUGGUGCACGCUUCAUUUUUUUAAUCAAGACUUACUCUCUGGUUCCACACAAAAAAGAACAAGAGAAAAGUAGCUGGGAAGACAGUAAUGUGGUGGGGGAGAAAUUAGGAGCUCUUCAAACAGUUGUUGAAGACAUUGCAUCAAACUGGAAAUGAGAAGGAUUCAGUGGUAAAGAGACUAUGUGAUAUACAGGCAAUCAUCCUUUAUUAUUUCCCUUCUCAUGUUUCCUAGGAUCACAUUUUAAAGAAUUUUCUGAGCUGCCUUGAAUAUACAAAUGAAUAAAUAUAAGUUUUGUGUUUGGUCACUUCCUUGCUGGCUCUUUUUAUUUUUUAAAAAAGUUAUUCCAAUGUAUUCCUAUAAGGUACCUUUCCUGUGGAGGGAUCAAGGAAUACCUGCACAAAACUCAAGAUGCAAAUGGAAACAUUAAGAACAGGGUAGCCAGUGUGGUACCCUUCGGAUACUGUUGGGCUAUAACUCCCAUUAUUCCUAACCAUCGGGCAGGUCUAUGAGCGCUGGAGUCUAACAACAUCUGGCAGCACCACAUUAUCUCCCUUUGAUUUGAGGAUUCGUAGGCCUUCUGUAUCCCAGAAAAGCAACUUUCUAACAUUGCAACCCUUCACAUAUCUACUCAGAAGUCUCAAUGAGUUCAGUGGGGCCUAUUUCGAGGUAAGCAGGUAUAUAGGAUUGCAGCCAAAUUUCUUUGAAUGUCUCCAUGCUUACAUUGAAAAGUUAACCUGAAGCAGAAAGGUUAGAAGUGAACUCCUAGAUACUAAAGGCCUCUUGGGUUGUCUUUAUUUCAUCUGUGGGUGAAUAAUGCAGCGAAGAGAAAUGGCAAGAUAUUUAUUUUGGGUAUGUGGUAAAAUGGGAUGAGAUAGGGAGGUAAGAUGAUAGACAUGGCAUCUGUGUGAGAUUUCAUGUCCCAUAAAGAAGGGUUAUUGGUUCUUGACAAUGAGCUUGAAAUAAACAAUCUCUGAGAAAAUCUUCUUCUGCCUGCCCAGAAUAAAUUGCUCAUAAUUCUCUUACCCAAAUCCUGAGUGCCUCAGAGGUUAGAGCUUGAGUAAUUGCAAAAUACAGUCUUAAUGCCUAAUUCACUGAGUGCAUUCAUGUGCCAGGGAUGCCUUUAACAUUAGGCUAAUCUUUCCCACAUAUACAACUGCUACCUGAUUUUAUCUCUUUUUAUAGAUAGAGUCAUAGAAUUGCAGAGUUGGAAGGGACCCUCAGGGUCAUCUAGUCCAACCCCCUGCAAUGCAGGAAUCUCUGAGUAUAAUGCUAUGUGUUUGACGGAGGUUGUGAUUUUUCCCAGUGUCUGUCUUUCCCAUUAACUUCACCAUGGAGAUGCCGAGAGCUAUACAGUUGGUGCUUUAUUGAGCCCCUGUUAGUUAAACCUUUGUUCCGAGUUAGAAUUCGCUCUGCCCUGUCUGUGACAUCGGUGAACUCCAUAAAAACGUGUCAGUAGGUCACUGCCUCGCGGUCCCAUUUGCAUGCUGUGAUCACAUAGUUUGCCUCAGGAAAGGAGAGGCUGGCACUGAAGCAGAGAAAUUUGCGUCCUUUUGGAAAAUAAGGGGGGAACAUUCCCAUUCAGACUCUUUAAAGAAGAAUGGUAUGUGUCUGCCUUUUUUAAAAGGGGUUUUUUGAGAGGAGUUAAAUUCUGGGAUGUGCCUGAACAAUGAAAAUAGGGAAUGAGACAACUUGCUAAAAAUCCUGUAUUGCAAGCAGCACUCACUUUAUAUGCAGAAGUAAAAGUUUCUGCUCUGUUCGUUUACUGCAAAGUGCCACUUGGCAUUUCUUGCAGGGCAUUUCUUGAUCCUUGUUGUUUUGCGGCGGCUGCCUUGGAAACCAGUUCAGAGUGAAAAUCAACAUCCAGUCACCAUUUCAAUAAAUCUUCCCAGUUCAACAGACCAAUUGAAAAUGGGACAAAAUGGAAAAAGUCCUGGGUUGUUUUUUUUAUAACAGGACAACAUUCUCAGCCAUUCGGGUAAUUUUGUACCAGCGAAAUUAAUUCUAUAUUUUGUAAUUGUCAAAAUUGCUAGUUAGCAAGAUAGACCAGAAUUCCCUUAUAUGUGUGGGAAUUCUCUCAAAGAUGGCCUGGGUAGCUUUCUGUGUGGGGCAGCAGGGGGGCAGGAAACAUAAAGUGACAAAAUCAAAAUGUAAAGCAAUAAAAUUAAAUAACACGUUUUAAUACCAGCUAGGCCUUAAUAAUCGCCUUUUGUCCAUUAGAAACAUUUCUAACCUCUUGCACUGGUACUGUGUUUCAUUGCAAUAUAUGAUUUUAAUACACCUAUUGAGGCUUUAUAUACAUUCCCUCGGUAGCCCUUAGAACAGCCCUGUAAAACAAGCUAAUAUGGCUAUCCCCAUUUUAUAGAUGAAGCUGAGAAGUGGUGGUUUGCCCAAGGCUUUCCCAGUGCUGAGCGCAGGUUUGAACCAGAGUUUUCCCAAUUCAUAGCUCCCACUCAUUCCCAGUGUGGUGCACCAGGCCUGACGUGCACAUGGGAUUCCCACACAAGGAAUAGCUUCUUUGUCUGAAACAAAUAUUUGCAUGCAUCCCUGUCACUUAUGCAGACCUAUUUCCAUAAAUAAAGUCAAUGGGAAGCCCCACCAUGAUUUGUGUGCACUCACAAAGCAUGGACCAGAGAUACUGGGCUUAAGAUGCCUGACAGCGUUCUUCUUUUAUGUAUCAUCUGUUUGGAAGAAUGAUGAAAAAGUGAAGCCUAAGUAAAAGCAGUUCCCUGCUGAAUUUGAGGCUUCUUGCUGUUCCCUGUCUCCGUCAGCCAAUCCAUGUUGCCAGUACAUGUAUGGUCUGGUGCCAGCUAGCUAUGCAUAUGGUCUUGUUACGGAUAAAUGUUAGAAGGGUUUGGUUAAGGCCGCAGUCACACUGAGGCUCACCUACACGAAAAUCUCCUGCGCAUAAUAGCUGCUGGUUCCGACAGCCGCUUAAGUGUUAUAAUAUACAGUGGUACCUCGGGUUAAGUACUUAAUUUGUUCCAGAGGUCCGUUCUUAACCUGAAACUGUUCAUAUAUAUAUAUAUAUAUGUAUAUAUAUAUAUAUUAGUUUUCCAAUAUAAAACUAUACAAAACAAAACAUCCAAUUUAUCACCAACAUCUUUUUUUUUACUUCCAUCAACAUGUCUGAUAAUUCUCCGUCUUAAUCACUUCUUGCACAUUUCUUAAUUUAAUAUUGCACUACAAUAAUAUCUUAAUUUACCAUAUUUUUAAAACAAUAUUUCUACCAUACAUUCUCACAGAGCUUCCUGAAAGCUUACAAACCUUAUCUGGUCAUCACAUAUAGUUUUCAUAUAAUCUGUAAAUUUAAUCCAGUCUUCAGUGAAUCUCUGGUCUCGUCGGUUCCGGAUCCUUCCUGUUAAUUUAUCAAGUUCUGCAUAUUCCAUUAAUUUCAUUCUCCAUUCUUCAAUCGUAGGUAAUUCUUCUUGUUUCCAUUUUUGGGCCAUUAGUAUUCUUGCUGCCGUUACUGCGUAUAAAAAUAACUUCCAUUCUUUCUUAUUAAUUUCAUUUCCUAUUAUUCCUAAUAGAAAUGCUUCUGGGUUCUUAACAAAUGUAUAUUUCAACAUCUUUUUUAACUCAUCAUAUAUCCUUUCCCAAAAGCAUUUCACUUUUUUACACUCCCACCACAUAUGGUAAAAUGUUCCUUCUUUUUCUUUACACUUCCAACAUUUAUUACUUACUUUAUGCAUUUUUGCUAAUUUUACUGGUGUUACAUACCAUCUAUAUAUCAUUUUCAUCACAUUUUCCUUUAUUAUAGUACACGCAGUAAAUUUCAUUCCUUCAUUCCACAAUUUAACCCAGUCUUUAAAUUGUAUAUUGUAUCCAAAAAUUUUGGCCCAAUGGAUCAUAACCGAUUUAACCUCCUCGUCCUUUGUAUACCAUUCCAAUAAUAAUUUAUACAUUUUAGACAAUUUUUUUACAUCAUUAUUCAAUACUUCCAAUUGAUAUUUUGAUUCCUUGUCGGUAAAACCUCUUUCUAAUACAUCUUUUUUAAACAUUUCAUUAAUCUGAAAAUAAUGCAACCAAUCAUUUACAUAUUCUUUUACUUCAACAUAUGGUUUCAGUUUCCAUUUACUUCCUUCUUUCAUUAUUAAACUCCCAUAUGUUAUCCACCUCCCCCUCAUAUUGAUCUUCUUCAUACUCAUCACCUCCAACAACCUGAAACUGUUCUUAACCUGAAGCACCACUUUAGCUAAUGGGGCCUCCCGCUGCCGCUGUGCCGCCGGAGCACAAUUUCUGUUCUCAUCCUGAAGCAAAGUUCUUAACCCGAGGUACUAUUUCUGGGUUAGCGGAGUCUGUAACCUGAAGCGUAUGUAACCUGAAGCGUAUGGAACCCGAGGUACCACUGUACAUGUAAUUUUCAGAAGGUCAGUUCCACUCUGCUCAUAGAGAGGGCAGUGUCCCCCACAUCGUGUGAGCUCCGCUCCCUUCCAACAUCUGCAUUUGGCAGGGCAUUGAAAAGGGGAGCCUCUUUGUGUAUAUUUCCCCAUUAUUACUACUACUUGUAGUCGUCUUCUUUCUUGGCAAUCACUCGUAGCCAAGUAAGAUAGUAGUACCAGAUGACUGGGUUGCCCCAGCUGCUCUGGGUGGCUUCCAGCACAUAUAAAACCAUAAUAAAACAUCACACAUUAAAAAGCUUCCCUAUACAGUACAGGCCUUCAGAUGUCAUCUAAAGAUUGUAUAGCUACUUGUCUCCUUGACAUCUGAUGGGAGGACGUUCCACUGAGUGGGUGCCACUACUAAGAAGGCCCUCUGUCUGGUUCCCUGUAGCUUCGCUCCUCGCAGUGAGAGAACUGCCAGAAGGCCCUCGGUCCUGGAUCUUGGUGUCGGGCCAAAAGAACAAAGAAUAUCCACUUGCUUGUAUCUGAAGGCAUCUGUGUGAGCUUGUGCAUCUUUGCCUCGGUUUCUCUUCACCACUACCCGUGGGUGUUCAAGAUAUAACACUAGAUUGGAGACUACUGGCAGUCCUUCUCAGGCCAGGGACAUUUGCCAGGGGCAAGAGGAAUUGUGGGCACCUGCUCAUAUAUUCCUGAUGUUGUGUCUCUAAGAGUCUAGAUGCACACCUGGUUGACACAAGGAUGCCAGCAUAUGAUGCCACCAUGUCCUUUUGCAGCAGAACAUGUGACACUGUCAUUGUGGCUGCAUUCUGUGUGUUGGCCACCAUUAUAUUAAGUGACAGGUGACAAUUCCUCUCAGAAUUUGUUCCUCCCCACCCAGUAAUUUCCCCUGCAAAUCUUAGCCUCCAAUAAGAACAUGCAACAUAUGAAUACAUUAUUUGAUGGUGCAGAUCUUCUUCUUGAGAGGGAGAGAUGAUAUUCAGUACUUCUGUUUCCCCAGACAUUUGAUUGGCAGCAGCCAGGAAGCUGAGGUUUGGUCAGUGCUCUUUAAUAUAAAAGAGAGCCAGCUUUUGAGUCCCCAGAAACAUUCCAAGCUGAUUAAAGCAAGAUUUCCUUUUCAAACAUGAGCCCGGCCUGCAACCAUUUAUAACACUUUGCUCUGAAGUAAUAUUUUAGUCGUGAAGGCAUUGUGAAGCAGAUGACUUCAAUCAGUAGACUUGUAAUGCUUUUCGUUCGCAGACUGCCUUGAAAUCAAACUGGGCGUAUUUGAAAUGCCAGAUGUUUUUUUAGAAUUUUUAGCAACUGACAUCCAGAAACCUCUUCUUGGCUACAUUUCAAAUGACCUAUGUGUCUUACUUUCUUCCAUGAUUCCAUUUAUGGAUAAAUUGAUUCCAUCCUCUUUAAAAAAAGAAGAAGAAAAAGCAUGCAGGCAGAUUUCUUAUACUUUUGAGUAUUGAAAGGCAAGCUUGGUGUUCAGUCAGAAUUCCACACAGGUGUAAAGCAUUAUUUAGCAAUUGCAAUACACACUUUUGGGUAAGUGGUAAUGAUAAUUAUGAAUAUUAUGUCUGAAACCCUUUCACCUUGAAGCUUGCUGCUUUUACUUAUGCAGCGGCAAAAGCCUGUGUCCCCUCAUGAAAAGCCAGCCAAAGGCUUACAGCCCAUUACUCAUUUUCAUGAAAACUGGCCAUUUCUUUUCUGCUCAACAAAUCUGCUUGCUGAAGCACUCUUGCAGAACAUAAAUUUCAUGUGGUCUUUUCUUUCUAUAUUGAUAGAAACGUAAGGCUGUUGUCACACCAGGCUGUUGCCUAGUAGCCAGUAGGUGGUCAACUCCAGCAGGACAAAUGUCUGGCAGGCAAGCAAGGACCGCUGGUGGCAGGUGGCCCAGGCGAGCUGUUCCAACAGAGGCAGGAGGUGUUACAUAGUGGCUUGCUAAACCGCUGGAGGGGGAACCUGAUUCAGUAGGGCUGGGCGAGAUCUGGUUUUCAUCAUCGCAAUACAUCACCAGCUAAACAUUGUGAUAUACCGAUAUAUCACGAUGUCUGAAAUAAGAAUGGAACUAUGUAGAGGUGAAUGGUACGGUUGGGUGAUAUCUGGUUUUGAACUUUGUGAUAUAUCGCCAGCUAAACAGUGUGAUAUACUGAAAUAUCUCAAUGUCUGCAAUACGGAUAGACCUGAUUUUCAACUUUGUGGUGUAUCACCAGCUAAACAUCGCAAUAUACUGAUAUAUCACAAUGUCUGAAAUAAGGAUGGAGCUCUGUAGAGGCAUUGGCUGGCUUCACGGUUUAUGCCACAUUGUGAUAUUUGCCUACCACACCCGCACCCACAUCAUGAUUUGCAAUAUAUUGCCAGGUCAAGAACUAUGACAAUGAUACCACAAUAUGGACUUCAAACUGGUUUUGGACGAUAUAUCGAUAUAUCACCCAGCCCUGGUCCAAUCAUAUGUUUCUUAUUUCAGUGUCCUGCUAUCACUACCGCUAUCACAAAGCCAAAUGCAUUAAAGAGCCAGCUGCUAUUCAGAAAUUACAGGGCUAGGAAGAAAGGUGUGAAGCUUCCAUGAUGCAGCUCCAAGUGAAUUAUCUUGUUGAAAGUUGAUAUCUCCCCCUGCCUAUAUCUUAGAUUUUUGGAAGUUUGCCAGUUGAAGCACUCUAAAAAUAAUACUAUGUGCCUUGGGAAAUAUUUUUUUAAAAAAACUCUGUUGUUGUUGUUUUUUGUUUUCUAGAUGGGCUUAGGACAUGAAGAAGGAUCAGGAGCCCCUUGCUUGAAGUGCAAAGACAAAUGUGAAGGAUUUGAGCUACAUUUCUGGAGGUAAGAGGAGAGGUUUCCUGAUUUACCGAAACAUUUCUAUUGCAGAUAAGCAUAUCUGCACAACACAGGCCUCAUUUGGCCACAAACUGACUCAUUCAGACAUGAACUUAACUACAUCACACAUAUGGACAAAAUUGGGAAAAAUUAACACAUGAAGGAAUUGAUUCUGAUUAGAACAGCAAGCAUUUUCAAGGAUAUAAGAAAGACGCCAUACUAUUCACUGCUAUCGUGCACACAACUUGCCUGUGGGCUUUUCACAGGCUACUAUGAGAACAGAAUACUUGGCUAGGUGGACCUUUGGUCCCAUGCAGUAGAGCAUGGGUAGGCAAACUAAGGCCCGGGGGGCGGAUCCGGCCCAAUCGCCUGUGGACAGUCCGGGAAUCAGCAUGUUUUUACAUGAGUAGAAUGUGUCCUUUUAUUUAAAAUGCAUCUCUGGGUUAUUUGUGGGGCAUAGGAAUUCAUUCAUUUCCCCCCCAAAAAAUAGAAUCCGGCUCCCCACAAGGUCUGAGGGACAGUGGACCAGCCCCCUGCUGAAAAAGUUUGCUGACCCCUGCAGUAGAGCUCUUAGAUUCUUAUGAGCAUAUAAAUAAAAUGUGGGUUCAGGCAAGCCAGGGCCAGUUCACCCAUGAGGAGAGUUGAGACCGCCCCAGGCGGCAGGGUCUACCAGGGCAGCUAAUCCCAUUGUUGAUUUUCCUUUCUUUCCCUUACCCACCCUUGUUCCUGAUGUGGUUCUUCCCUGACCCCCUUCAUCUCUGGUGGGGAGGGAGGAUGCCAUUUUGAGGUCUGCCUCAGAUGCCAAAAUGUCUUGGGCCAGCCUUGAGGCAAUUUAAUGCUGUGUACAGUUGCUUACUUAGAAGUCAGAUGAUUUCCAUUGGGCUUGCUUCCAAUGAGAGUACAGUUUUGACUGUACUGUGAAGAAAUGCUACCGGUGCUUGGUGUUGCUAUAGAAUUUAGCCAAGGAGCCAAAUGUGUUGAUACUGCUUGUCAUGGAUUGAACAGUCUGGGAAUUUCUGCAUGAGGUGUCGCUCCUCUGACCCCUGCUGGGCUACCUUGUCUCCCUUUCCAAAGUGUGUGUGUGGAAGAAUCAUCUUUUAUACAGGUACCAAAUCCUUGUGAUGUCUGGGACGCUACCUAUGAACCCCAUCUUCCAGUUAAUUACAGCUUGUAAGCAGUAUUGUGGGACACGGGUGGCGCUGUGGUCUAAACCACUGAGCCUAGGGCUUGCUGAUCAGAGGGUCAGCGGUUCGAAUCCCCGCGAUGGGGUGAGCUCUUGUUGUUCGGUCCCAGCUCCUGCCAACCUAGCAGUUUGAAAGCAUGCCAGUGCAAGUAGAUAAAUAGGUAAACCUUCCGGCAGGAAGGUAAACGGUAUUUCCGUGCACUGCUCUGGUUCACCAGAAGCGGCUUAGUCAUGCUGGCCACAUGACCCAGAAGCUGUAUGCCAGCUCCCUCGGCCAAUAAAGCGAGAUGAGUGCCGCAACACCAGAGUCAUCCACGACAGGACCUAAUGGUCAGGGGUCCCUUUACCUUUACCUUUAAGCUGUAUCGUGAGCUUUAUUACCAUUAAGGAUAAGAGGUAAGGGAGAAUAAUGAAAAAAGGAAAUAAAAUAGAUUCCUUUCUAAAUAACAUACACUAGAUGAACCUCUUUGUGGGUUAGGGCAUCGUCAUUAUUACCACCAGUUCCAUCUCUCAGGCAUGCACCACUGUCGCUAUAAGAGAACAAGGGAGGCAUUUGUGGUGAAUUUCAGCACCUCUUUUUCUAGAAAAACGGGACUGAUUACCACCACUGUUGUUACUGUCACCUUUUUCCAAAGUUGUUGAGCAGGGGGACCCUGUGGCCGAGGCAUUAUUAGUAUAUUAAAUUUAUAUUUUGCCCUUCCUCUUCAAAGAAGCCCAGGGUGGCAAACAACAACUGACAAAGCAAUAAAAAAUUAAAACAAUUCCAAUACAGGUGCAGGCUGUGGAAAAAGCCUGAACUAGAGGAAGGCAUGUUGGAAGAAGAAAGUAUUCAGUAGGUGUCAAAAAGAGAACAGAGACGGGAUCUGUCGAAUAUUGACAGGGAGGGAGUUCCUAAGGGUAGGUGUCAGAGCGCUAAAGGCCCGAUUUGUAUAUUGUGUGGAUGGUCCUCUUGAUAAGAUGGUACCUGCAAGAGGCCUUCACCUGCAGAGUGCAGUGAUCAGCUGGGAAUAUAAGCAGUGAGAUGAUCUUUCAGGUCAUCACCAAUAAUCAUCAUCUUCUUUUUCCUGAUUGUUCCCAAGGGUUGUUUUUACUGGGGGGGGCACCCAUUUCAGAUUCACCAUUACUGUCCUCACCUUUCCCCCCUGUCUGGGCAACAGCAAGAAGUGUUCCCAAGUUGUCUGGGGAGCAGGGAGCACAGUGCAAAAGCAGAAACAUAAUUAUCAUUUCCUCUAAUUUUGAGACAGUCGCAUUUAUUAAGGUAAACUAAUGGGUGGGGUCCUGAAAGGGCUGCACAAAGGGCCCCACAGAUCAUAAUCCCACCACUGAAGGUACAUAUUUUUAAAAUACAUGAAUCAGCAUCAGCAUUAUUCCAGCAGACUGAAUAAACACAAGACUCUCUAUUCAGAUUAAUAAAGUCAUUGGCUCGGAAUUGUGAUGAUGGGAAUUGGUGUGCAUCCCAGGUUGAGCUCUGCUGAAUCUGCCACCUUUCCCAUUUCAAGAUAAACUGUAGCCAGAAGGUUGGUGGUUCAAGUCCAACCAGGGCUGGCUGUGGCCAGGAUUCCUGCAGAAUGACCCUCAAACUCUGCAAUUCUAUGGUUCUACGUAUAUGUAUUUAUACAUGACAUAUUGUUAAAAGAAGAUCUCUGUUAGCUUCUCUAAGUGUGAAGGUAGUUUGUCAGGAAUUUCAGAAUGACCAAACCUAGACUCCCCCCCCCCGCAAUUCCCCCCCACCCAAUAGAUAGAUGACCCAGCAAAUAUAUGUGCACGAACGUCUCUGAAAAGCUUUCUGCAAAACAAAUAUGCCUUUAGGGUCUGCAGUACAAUUAUGUUCUUUUCCACUAGAUGGGAGUGUAACAUCUGUGUGAAUAUCAAGCCAGCUGUGAGUGGAAAUCUGUUACACUGGAGCAUUCUUGACAUACCUGCCGGAAAAUUCAUAUUGCCACUAUGUAAAAACUAUGGAUAUUGCAUGUCUCUUAUUGCAUGUGACCUUGGCACAUCUAGUGCAAUGUUCCGGAUCAUAUUCUGCAGUAACAUGAAGCAACUGGUUCAGAUCCUGACCUCUGAAGCAGGAGAAAGCAAGUUUGUUCCAUCUUCCAUGUGACAACCCUUUAGAUAUUUGAACAUGGCUAUCAUAUCUCCUCAUAGUCUCCUCUUUACCAGGCUAAACAUACCCAACUCCCUCAGCCAUUCCUCAUAAAGCUUGGUUUCUAGGCCCUUGGUUGUGCAACCGUGCAGAUUUCUUCCAGAGAGUCCUGAGGGAUAAACUUCCCACGUGGUAUGUCCAUUCUUGUAUUGAAGCAGCAGACCACUGAUCUAUCCAGCUCAGUAUUGUCUCUGAGUUAUGACAUGCCACGCUAGUAAUGUAAGAGCCAGAGAGAUGUCGUGGUUAGAGUGCUGGACUAGAACCAGGGAAACCCAGGAUAGAAUUGCCACUUGGCCACAAAUUAAACUGGGUGGCCAUGGCCCAGUCAGUCUCUCUGUGUCUCUGAGUGGUUGAGAGGCUAAAUUGGGUGACGAGAGACCCACCUUGAGGAAGUCAAGAGGAAAGAAAGGUGUUGAGGCCAUCAGGGUAGAUCUUCUGGGCAGAAGUCCAGGGCCCCAAACACAGCAGGGUUGGCUUCCCAAAUAUGUAAGUAAGUGAAGUAGUGCAUAUUGUUCUAUAAACAGGCAGCAGCAUAAGAGCAUUCGGUCCAUAGUCUUAAAACUAGAACUGCUACUGAAUAUAGGGUAUUAAUCUGCCCCUUUUGCUCCCAGAUUAUUUAUACUAAGGAAAAUGUAUUCAUGAAAACAAAGGACAGCACACUGUUGAGCUGCUUGUUCACAUCAAUGUUACCAGAGUAAUAUUGAUGCUGCUGCCCACCUCCCCAGAAUGCUCUUCUGUCCCACAGAGAAAAGGGCUAUUUCCUAGGAAAUGAAACAGCAAAGGAAUCAGUCGUAUUCAUCAUGUGACUUCACUAAGCUCCAUUUUCAGCAGGGAAGGGACAGUUGAGGCAAUUACUUCUAAGCACAGACAGUGACCCAGUUUGCACGUAGCACUCAGCCAAGAGAAGAGAUUGCAGCCCUUUUGCUCCUCCUCGCUGGUCUUGCUGCUUCUGUGAGCUAAGCCAUGGUUUGGCAUAGCACAUCAUCAGAACAUGGGCUUGUGGUUUGUCUCGCUCCAGACAGUUGUGAGUUGCAACCAAGGUCAGUUCUUUGUUUACAGCUCAGCAUUUGCCUAGAGAAGCAAAGCAGCUGUGGUUUCCUCUACCCUUGAGUCUACACUUUCGCAGAAUUAUGGUUAUGCCCUCCUGAAUGAUAUCUAAAGCAGGCUAUCACUCAGUUUCUGUUUACUUAUAUGAACAUGGCCUAAUCAGUGCUUUUCUCUUGAAUCGCUAGGAAAAUAUGUCGAAACUGCAAGUGUGGGCAGGAGGAGCACGAUGUUCCCACUAGUAACGAGGACGACCGCAAAGUGGGGAAGCUCUUUGAGGAUACAAAAUAUACAACCCUCAUUGCAAAGCUGAAAUCGGAUGGGAUCCCUAUGUACAAGCGCAAUGUUAUGAUACUGACUAAUCCAGUGGCUGCCAAGAAGAACGUGUCCAUCAAUACUGUGACUUACGAAUGGGCACCUCCCGUUCAGAAUCAAACCCUGGUGAGCUAUCGUGAUACAGUCUUGGAAGCUUUUAUGAAAACUAGAAGGUAUCCUUUUAACCAGGGUUUCCCAAACUUAGGUCUCCAAAUGGUUUUUUUUUUACUACAGCUCCCAUCAUCCCUGGUUAGCAGGACCAGUGAUCAGGGAUGAUGGGAACUGUAGUCCAAAAAACAGCUGGAGACCCAAGUUUGGGAAAUCCUGCUUUAAACUGAAGGAGGGGUGGAUUGGAGUGUAUAGAACACCCAGGAUUGGGGCCAUAUUUUGAUGUAAAACAACAGGAAAAUUUAAAUGGAAUUAUUAUCUCAGUAAGCCUGGUACCCCUCCAAUUCCCCUCAGCCUUCAAUAGCAUCACCAGUGGUCCAAGACAGGAAAUGUAGUCCAGUGCCCCUGGUUCUCCUGCUAUAAGCCGUGUAAACAUAAUGAAGUGGGGUCCGGUGGUCAACUCCCCUUGCAAGUCUCUGAUUGCUAUAAAAUAGUCACACAGUGGAAAUGGGAUGAUUGUGGAAGCAAGAGGGGUGAGGUGGAGGAAAGAGGUCGUGUUAAUGGCUAGGAUAAAGCAUUGCAUUAGAGAUGUUCGCCACCACUUAGGAUGAUUUACGACUUCCCAGAUGAGCCCUUUCAAGAAUACUUCCAGAAACAGGACAUAGCAUUGGAAAACCUGCACAAUUUAUGUCAUUGUUUAAAAGCUGAAGAAAAGCACUCAAGCUUGCACAUUUCUGUUACUGUAUAUGGUCAGAACGAAUUCAGAGCUGGGAUCCAAGCGAAAAGCUCCCCUUGGUUUAUUAAUGGCUCAUCGAGAUGCGAUAGUUGGAUAGCCUUGUUGGGCUUCCCCACCCAGCCCAACCCUGUGCAUGUUUCAAUCUUGAGUCAAGUUUAUGUAGUGUCUUGCUGGCUGAUCUAAAGCAGAAGGCUGGAGAUGUGUGUGCAGCUUUGUAAUCAUAAGAGGGUUUUAGGGAUUUUCAAGGGGAGGGGGGACUUCAGCGUGCAGAAGCAGUUUUUCUUCAGUUUUUCAUGUAUAUCUUGCAGUACUUUAUUUAAUUUUAAGUUAUUUAAACAAGCUAAAAAUCCUUCGAUCUCAAUUCCAACCCUCACAUGCUGGUUUUCCUCUGCGAGAAAGAUUGCAAUUAGCAGUCUGAAAGCUCUUGCAAUGUCAGUAUCUGAAAAGAUUCAGUGUUAGCUAAACAUUGUUCAAGCUGUUACUGCAGCGGAGUAAAUGGCUGGGUUUUUUUUGUUGUAAAGCAUGCACCCGCAGUGAGCUUCUGACUCUCAGCCCCAGUUACGUCCCUUCAGUUUCGCUGUCCACUUCUUGGUAUCUGUUCGCGGCGAAGAGUAACAACUUCUGCUAAGCCCUGUUAAUCUCCCCUUGGUUGCCUUCCUCCCCGCUGCCGCCCUCCCCGUUUAUAAAAGCAGGAAUCCCAAGGGCAUCUGAUAAACUAAUUCUUGCAAUCCCUCCGGACUCUUUAGGCAAGACAUUAUAUGCAGAUGCUUCCCAAGGAGAAGCAACCCGUGGCUGGCUCAGAAGGUGCUCAGUACAGGAAGAAGCAGUUGGCCAAGCAGCUGCCCGCACACGAUCAGGAUCCGUCCAAAUGCCACGAGCUGAGUCCUAACGAGGUGAAGCAGAUGGAGCAGUUUGUGAAGAAAUACAAGAACGAGGCGCUCGGGGUGGGAGAUGUCAAGCUGCCGAGCGAAGUGGAAGGCAAAGCUGCCGGGAAGGAUGUCCCGACUAAUGGGGAGAGAGGCACCCCAGCCACCGUAGGAGCCAUGGAAGACAAACUGGCUGGUCAAAAGGCAUCCCAAUAUGUAAGUGGGCAUAUAUUGUCUAUUUGUCUUCCUGUCUCUGUGUGUCUUGUGUGCUGCAAACAGGAGCAGAACUGUCGGUAAAGGGUAGCAAAACAAUAGGGUUUUGUAUUAUUUUUGUAUUAUUUCACGCUGCAGCAUCCUUUGCACAGGGUUUAUAUAUUAAGUAUUUUAGGGGUUUUUUUAAAACUAUUGACUGUUUCAGCCUGCUGGUUUUGCAAGCUAAGAGCAACAGGGGCAGAAGGAAAACAGGGCAGAAGGGUCCUCCACUAAGGAAAACACAGUAUGUUCUAAAAUGUGACUGUUCUGGGCCUUGGAGGUAACUCCUGGGUAAAGGAAACAUGGAAAUCAUAAAAUUUGUAGAGUUGGAAAGGACUACAAGGGUCAUCUAGUCCAACCCCCUGCAAUGCAGGAAUCUUUUGCCCAACGUGGGGCUCGAACACUGUGAUUAAGAGUCUCAUGCUCUACCGACUUAGAAGCAUAGCAUCCCCUAGCUGGGACAGACCUCAGACACCAUCUAGGCCAGGGGUGGCUAACUGCAGCUCGGAAGCAUGAUUCCCCUCCACCCAGCAAUUUUUCCUCACCCCAGAUGAUUUUGGCAGUGGCUCCAAAAAGAAAAGAAAAUGGAACUUAGCACAGGGUAGGCAAGCCAGUUUAAACCUGUCCAUCCCCCUGUUGGUCAUGGUGCAACUGGAGAGUGAGUGAUAAUGCAUGCACACACCUCUCAGCUGACCUGAGCACUGCGCAUGUGCCUGUGUGCAUUCAAGAGUGUGCAAUAAUAAUAAUUUUAUUAUUUAUACCCCACCCAUCUGGCUGGGUAGUGACCAUGCCUACUUUGGGCCACAGCCAACAUGGGCAUGUGACCCUCGGAGGAUUGGUCAAGGAAGAGUUCAGCCCUUGGACCACAACAAGCCACCCUGAUCUACUCCGCCCCAUGUCUCAUUGCAGGAAUCUUGUAGUCACAGCAUCCCAGAAAGGAUGGAAUCAUAGAGUUGGGUCUCCCAAGGGUGCUCUAGUCUAACCCGCUGCAAUCCGACAUCUGCUUAAAUUUCUCCUGUGAUGAAGGGCCCGCUGUUUCCUGAACCAGCUGGGUUCUCUGUUGAACAGCUCUUCUCGUCGGGAAGUUUCUUCUUAAUACUUAGGCAAAGCCUGCCUAAUUUCCAUCCAUGCGUUUUCUCCUUCAAUCUGGAGCAAGUCUGCUCCAUCAUCUACAUGACAGUCGUGCAGCUUCUACCAAGAUAUAAAAUGCUAUAUUUAGUACCUGCAUGAAGAUCAAUAUUUUUUGUCUCUUGGGAUGGCCGGAGAGUCUUGCUAUAUUUAAACGAGAGCCAUUAGUUCUUGGAAGAAGCAGUGUGUUGUGGGUUUCUUUUCAAGGUGAAAACUGACGAACCGUACAGAAAAGGAAAACUCCCAAGAUGAAGAGGGAGGGACUCCUAAGUGGAAGCUGGGGGGGUGGGGGGUGGGAUGGCAUCCCCAAUUAAGUUUAAUGAGGAAAGGCCUCUGCUUGAAAUCAAACUAAUAAAUACAAAGGCUGACAUCUCAUGGCUUCACUUACUGUUGGCAGAAAGUAUUAAGCCAUAUAAACAGCAUUGAUCCACUUAUUACUUAUAAGACUGAGUUAGAAGGAGCUGGCUGUAAAUACUACACACUGCUGAGAAGACUCCACCCCUCUGGACUGUAUUUAAGCCAGGCUGCUGUGGUCUUUUGGAGUCCCGAAAGGCCAACACUAGUAUAUCUAACCUUUAAUUUACGUAUUUAUUCUGGGGGCAGUUGGUUUUCAUUUAGCGCUUUCCUUGUCAUACAUUAAGCCUAUAUUAGGCACUGUUUUACCUUGUUUGAAUGUACUGAUGUGUAAAAUGCAAAGGUGAUUUCACAAUGAUGUGAAAUCGUUAUGAGACACAAACUGUUGUGCAUUUGGGUCCCCCCACCCAAAAAAAUGUUUAUAUAUUUUUGUGAGCUGCCUUGGGUAUAGUUUUUGCUGUGGAAAGGCUUGUCUGACGGAUCUGAGCAGUUUUCUGUUUGCCUUCACUGCUUUCCCUGGGAAAACCCACUUUUUAGCACUGAGUUGGAGCAAACAUCAAUCUGCAGAAAUCUGAAUUACAUUUGCUCCGGUUUAACAGUCAAGAUUGGGUUUUCCCAGGGGGUAGGUAAAGGUAAAAGGUAAAGGACCCCUGGAUGGUUAAGUCCCGUCGAAAUUGACUAUGGGGUGCUGCACUCAUCUUCAGUUUCAGGCCAAGGGAGCCAGCGUUUGUCUGCAGACAACUUUCUGGAUCAUGUGACCAGCAUAACUAAAGCACUUCUGGCACAGUGGGGUAAGUGGAAAUCUGAAUAAGCUCUAUACAUAAACUUUAAAAUCUCUUGACCUCCUUGCAGUGCUGCUUCCGGUGCAAACUGAGCAUGAAGGAAGGGGACCCGGCUGUCUACGCCGAGCGGGCUGGUUACGACAAACUCUGGCAUCCGGCUUGUUUUGUCUGCUGCACCUGCGGUGAGCUCCUUGUGGAUAUGAUCUACUUCUGGAAGAAUGGGAAGCUGUACUGUGGCCGACACUACUGUGACAGCGAGAAGCCCCGCUGCGCUGGCUGUGAUGAGGUAAGCAAGGUCCCCCUUCUGCUCUGCAUCCAUGGAAGAGGCCAUGGAGAAAAGACCUGCCUGUAAAGAUUUGCUGCCUUUUGACCAGGCCAAGGGAAGGGCCAUAGCUCACCGGCAGAACAUCUGCUUUCCACACGGAAAGUGCUAGGUUCAAUCCCCGUCAUCUCCAGGAAGAGCUGGGAGAAAUCCCUGCCUGAAAUCCUGGAGGGCCACUGUAGAAACCAGCAUUUCUCAAACUUGGGUCCCCAGCUCUUGUUGGACUACACCUCCCAUCACCUGUGACCACUGGCGCUGCCAGCAAGGGAUGACGGGAGUUGUAGUCCAACAACCCAAGUUUGAAGAAUCACUGCUAUAGACUAUACUUGAUAGACCAGUGGCCUGAUUCUGUACAACGCAGCUUCUUCCAUUGCUGUCCAUUUUUAGCCCAGCAUUAGGAUUUCACUAACAAGCAGGGCAUGAUGGUGAAAGGUAGCACCUGGCCCUAAAAAGUAUACAUCAGGGACAUGACUCCAUUACCCAAAGCAGAGAGGAUGGGAAAGUCAUUCAUUCUUCUCCGUCUCUGGUUUUUAAUCGGAGGGUGAAAUAAAUUUGGCAGCUUCUAAAGCUGGCUUCUCCUUUUGAGGUGGGCUUGAAUGAACCCCCAGAUUUCUUUCCUGAGCUUUGCUCAGGAGCACUUUGCCAACAUCUCUUAGUCCUGAGCUGUGCAGGAGCUAUAACUCCUUUUACCUGUAGCUCAGCUUGUGGGUCCUCCUUGUCGAGGGUUUGCCACAACCCCUGGAGCCUCUUUCUUUGUGUCCCAUUUGCACUGUUUGUACAUGUCAGAUGGUGUUGGUGGUUGCUCGUGGGUAACCAGGCAGGACUCCGACCUGUCUUUUACAGGUUUUAUUGUGCAAACUAUUUACAGUGCAGACCAACAAAGUUCAUGUCCAUCUUAGUCAUGCAGAAUCCGGGAGUGGCUCCUUCCGGCUUCUCCCCCAGCAUAAAACUUCGGUACCCCGAGCCUCCGCCUCCCCUCUUUGCGUUUCACCCCUCUGCGCAAGCUGGACAAUGGAAGGGGCGUGCGUCCCUCCUACCCAGCCCAGCGAGGUGAGGCGCUGGGGCUCUCAACAGCAUCGUCGAGCCGUUUGCCUGGCCUCUUCCCUCUCUUCUCCACUGGAGGUGUGGCUUUUCCCACCGCUGGAAGAGGAACUGCUCCUCAGGAGCUUCGGAGGCUCUCUGUAUCCCACCGGCCCCCUGCCUCCCUCCCCUGUUCCAAUGGCAGUCCCCUGACAGUACAGUACCCUCAUUUUCUCAAUACCUGGAAGGCGUUCAUAAGGACGUAAUAUCCCUGCUUCAUCAGGCCAGAGGCCCAUCUAGUCUAAGGUUACCAGAUUUUUUUCAAUGAAUCCGGGGACACUUUUCAACUUCAAUAGAUUUUGUAUGGGGACUGAUUUGUAAAUCCAGGGACUGUCCCCGGGAAACGGGGACGUCUGGUAACCUUAAUCUAGUCCAUCAUCCUGUUCUCACAGAAUACCCAUGGGAAGCCCACAAGCCAUUCCUUUUUUCUCUGGGAGAGUCAAAUCUCUGCUUUUUUGCAUUCGCUGCUUUUGACAGAGAUCUCCAAGAGGCCCUGGUGAAAAGGGCGGGAAACGGAACGAUGAAUGCAACAAACUGAAAUGCACAGUGGAGCUAUUUCAUGUGGCCGAAAGUGUGUGUUUCCUUAGCAUUGUAAAAAGUUCUAGAACAAAAUACCGGGGUGGUUGUAUUGAAUGUGUACCUCCCUUCCCUGUAUCCCUUCAGCUUAUAUUCAGCAAUGAGUACACCCAGGCCGAAGGUCAAAGUUGGCAUCUGAAACACUUCUGCUGCUUUGACUGCGACUGUGUCUUGGCUGGGGAGAUCUACGUCAUGGUAAACGAAAAGCCUGUCUGCAAACCGUGCUACGUGAAGAAUCAUGCCGUGGUAAGAGAGUCACGAUUUGCCUGCGAUGCAUAACUACUUAUGUACAGUUAUGUGCCCAGAUAUGCUUUUUCAUAUCUUGCCUAGAACAGCGGUUUCUUAAAACACUGUUAUCCAUAACGAAAAACUACUGGCUUAUCCAUGCCCCACCCCAGCGUGGUGGUUGUCAGCUAAGUUUUAAUCGGAGUAGACUUAAUGAAAAUAAUAGACCUAACAUAGUCAUAGAAUUGUCGAGUUAGAAGACACUUUAUGGGUGAUCUAAGCCCAGACCCCCUGCAAUGUAGGAAUGUUCAUUAGUGUCAAUGUUUAAGGAUGUUGGUUUAUUGAUGUAUACUCUUGAGUAGAACUUGGUUUAAUACCACCCAAUGUUUUGUCUUUGACAGUGUUUCCUGUAAGCAAUUCAUUCACCAUCAAGGUCUCCUCUUAUCACAUGUUUUGUUCAGCAUCUACACACAAACUCUUGGGAAUGGCCAGCUUAGGCAAAAAGACUGGUAAUAUCAGGAAUGUGCUGGUGACACACAGCUACUCCCGUUUUGUUCCAGAGUAGGGGGGAAAACUGAGAUUACGCUAGUAAGGAAGGGAAGUUUGUAUGAAGGUGCCCUAUCCUCUUGUCAUCGUCCUGCAUGCUGAAGAGCAACCAAGUUCAAGUAAAGAUUUUGUGUAUUGUCCUUGAUCACUUUGAACAGUUUGUGUAAACCAUCCCUUUGCUUGACUAAAGUUGACCUUGCCACCAUGUCUCCUUCCCAGAUCACUCCCAUGAGACGUGGGGUUUUUUAUGGCUCUUUUUAUGAGCUUCCAGGGGUGCUCCUCCAUCACUUGCAAUUUCUGCAAAACGGAGAAGUACUAUUGCUAGUUUAGGCCAGUGGGAGAGCAUGAUGUUCAUAUUUCAUUGCACCUGCUCGCCCUCGAUUCAAAGGAAUCAUUAUUGACUUCCAGUGCUCUAACUGUACCAGAGAUCUGGAUGUCAAACUUUGCUCUGGUGCCUGAAUAAAUGCAGACAUAAAACAACAGGGGGCUGGGAUUUAAUUUCAUUUGAAUAGACCCAAUGUACCUUGAGUAUAAAACCCCUGGGGCAACUGUCCUUGUCUAAUGCUUUCAUAGAGCACUGACUCUCCUGCUAUCUUCUAGACUGAAGUUUUUGUCAGUUUCACUGCAUUGUCCAAAAUUGUGGACAGCCGUUGUAUUUCUUGUGAAGUCCACACAGCAUGACCACCAGGGGAGUAUCUCAGUGUGUGCAGUCUUAUAAAUAUUAUUCUUUAAAAUGCAGUGUCAAAGAAUGAAAUGUUUUUAAAACAUUGUUUAGCAUCUGCACCAGUUAGUCCAAAGUUAAUUACUUCCUCAUUCGGGUUCCUGGGUUUCCUUUGUUCUACUUACAAUGCUGCUUUUUGUAGCUUUUUUUAUUAUUUAUUAUUGUUCCAGUUUGGUUUUUCCUUCUCUUAAUGAGUGUUUUCUGUCUGUAGUUUCGCUUAGCUUUUUUGUGUGUGCUUCUUAAUCUGAAGUUCUUAAAUUCAGCUUUCCCACUGAUAGAGCAAUUAUUCAUCAGGACACUCUGUCUCCCCUCUUGUUCUGACCAUUAUCUGAAAUGAACUGACUGGAAAACACUUCUUUGUGUUUCUUCAGGGCAUCUAUUUCUUUCCCCCCCACAAGAACUUUGGGAAAAAAUCUUACACUCACUGACUCACAUUAAAAUAGAGAAGUGCAGAAUUUAAGAAGUUGCAAAAGGGGUGGCCUUGUUCUCACAGUAGAUGAAGCAGUGAGUGUACCACUGCAGGGGGGAGUUUGCAUAAUUGAAUAACCCUCCAUACAAAAACACAAGAAGCGCAAAGUCUUGCAUGUAUAAAACUAGCAUGCCAGAGAGAUAGGAGCUCUUUUGGGCACAGUCAUUCCAUGCUGAUUAACGACUGCUUGGAAAGGAAGAGCAGGGUUGUUGAGACUUGGUGGGGGAUAUCCAAUGAAGUAAUAUUCGAAACAGACCUACUGAAAUUUAUUGGACUUGUUACUUAAGUCUAUUGCUUUCAGUGGGUCAGAUCUGAGCAUGACUAACAUUGGCUAUCACCCAGUAUAUAUGUACAGACUUACCUGUAAGCAGAGAUGAGAUGGUUCAGUUGGUAGAGCAUAAGGAUCUUAAUCUCAGGUGCCUGGGUUCAAGACCCAAGGUGGGCAAAAGGUUCCUGCAUUGCAGAGGGUUGGACUAGAUGGCCCUUGUGGUCCCUCCCAAUUCUAUGAUUCUAUGAAUAGGUGGUUCAACUCAGUCUGUAGACUUGCUAUCAAUAUUUUUCUCCCUGCUUUCAUGAUCCUUCAACGAGGCAUCCAUCCCUGCGACUUUUCAGUGCGCUUAUUUUAGCAUUGUAGGAAUUUGCAUCUCAUGGCUCCUCACCUAUAGGAUAGACAGGCUGGUUCAUCAAUCCACAGUACAGUGUUCGCAGUUUGCACAAUAUCGCCACCAAGUGGAGGCCUGUGGAAAGCACUCAGUAUAGCUGCUCUUGCCUCAAGGAAGAACAGGCCAGAUCCACAGAAUGGGCAAACAGUAGGCUUUGACUUUUCUGCCUGCAGAGGAUCCCUUUCUGCGAGGGGAAAUCCAGUCCUCAGCCUUUACCUUUUCUACAUUCCACAGGCAAUUUCAAGGCACAAAGGAGAAACCAAGGAUGUUGAGUAAUGUUGUCAUUGUGGUAAAUUAUGUUACAGCUGAAGCAGUGUUAGAAACUUGGAUAUAUAAGCUAGGCACCAAAAGAUUCCUUAAACCAGGGUUACAGAAUCCCCAGUUGUCAUUUUUGGGCAAGACAGCUUGAAAGUCAUAUUUUUCAAUGUGACUUUUUGGUUCCUGAAAAUCAUUGUGAUUGUGCAGAUAAAAUAUAACAGGUAGGAUUCUACAGGAUGUGUUGCCAAUCUGUGAAAACAGUCAAGGUUGAAGGAUCCUCAGGUGGUGCCUCUAGGUGGUGGAGGCACCAUCCUGGCACCCGGGCAUCUUUAGUUGGUCACAAGUGGCCAAUUUGUUGUCGUUUAGUCGUGUCCGACUCUUCAUAACCUCCUGGACCAGAGCACACCAGGCACUCCUGUCUUCCACUGCCUCCCGCAGUUUGGUCAAACUCAUGCUGGUAGCUUCGAGAACACUGUCCAACCAUCUCGUCCUCUGUCGUCCCCUUCUUCUUGUGCCCUCCAUCUUUCCCAACAUCAGGGUCUUUUCCAGGGAGUCUUCUCUUCUCAUGAGGUGCCCAAAGUAUUGGAGUCUCAGCUUCAGGAUCUGUCCUUCCAGUGAGCACUCAGGGCUGAUUUCCUUCAGAAUGGAUAGGUUUGAUCUUCUUGCAGUCCAUGGGACUCUCAAGAGUCUCCUCCAGCACCAUAAUUCAAAAGCAUCAAUUCUUCGGCAACCAGCCUUCUUUAUGGUCCAGCUCUCACUUCCAUACAUCACUACUGGGAAAACCAUGUCUUUAACUAUAUGGACCUUGGCAAGGUGAUGUCUCUGCUUUUUAAGUGGCUGAUAGCCAGGUGCAAAAUGUGCCUGGCGAAAUUCAAACGCUGAGCCGAAGUCAUAACAACAUCUGUAUUGAAUAUGCUGCGUUUCGUUGUCUUAUAAAGCUGGAAACAAAUGCAUUUUUCAUUUCUCUUGUCUACUCUCUAGGUCUGCCAGGGUUGCCACAACGCUAUCGACCCCGAAGUUCAACGUGUGAGUUACAACAAUUUCAACUGGCAUGCCACCACAGAGUGCUUUCUGUGCUCCUGUUGCAGCAAGUGUCUCAUUGGCCAGAAGUUUAUGCCGGUAGAAGGAAUGGUUUUCUGCUCGGUGGAAUGUAAGAAAAAGAUGAUGUCCUAAUGGGAAGAGAACCCGGAUCAAGCCAAGUUUCGCUUUACUUCAGAACCCUCUGCAUUUCUACUGUAUUGGGGCGUUUUUUAAACAAAAUUGAACGUAUUAAAUGGCAUAUUCCAAAGAUUUUUUUUUUAACAUUUCUAACUUGAUAGCUUCCGAUUAAGUACUUCCAGCACUUCUCUUACUACUUUGUUACUACUUGUUGCAAAUGUUACUCACAUAUAGGGAGCCUGAUAUUCCUGGUGUAUUUCAAAGACUAGAUGCUCUAAAGUCUUCUUUUAUACACAUUUUAAAACAAACUGUGUAAAAAUAAAACAAUGACUUGGUAUGUUGUAAAUCAGUGUUUCCCAAACUGGGGUCUCCAGCUGCUUUUGAACUACAAUUCCCAUAAUCCCUGACCACUGUUCCUGCUAGCUAAGGAUGAUGGGAGUUAUAGUCCAAAAACAGCUGGAGACCCAAGUUUGGGAAACACUGUUGUAAAUGUUAUACCCUACUCCAGAUGUUGCUGGACUACAACUCCUUUCAUCCCUGACCAUUGGCUAUGCUGUCUGGAGCGGAUGGGAGUUGGAGUCUAGCAACAAAUAGAAGGCCACAUGUUUUGGGUUCUACCAUUUCAAAAAAUCUCACAAAUACCACAAUAUAUGGGGGGAAUUCUAAGCUUAGAAUCCUUUUCCUGACAUGCUUGCUUCAUAUGUGAGGUGAGAUUUUGAAUGUGUGAAGUAGCAUUCAAACAUUUGAAUUUCUCACUUUCAGUCUGAAGCAUUACAAGUCCAACCACUGAUCAUAUUUGUUAGCGUGCCGAUUCUGUACGGCAGCCCUCAAACAUAAUUAGGCAGAAAUAAAUAUUUUUAAGCCUUCCUGCUUCCACUGAGCAUCUUAAGCAAAUGCCCCAAAGCUUUGGCUCCAACCUUUAAUAUUUGCAUUAAAAUACUUUCCCUUCUUUGUUAGGUUUAAACUGUUUUGUUUUUUAAAAAAAGCAGCUGUGGACUUUUUGGUGCUUAGAAUGUGACUUGCUCUCUAUUAAUCUGAAGUUUCUGUGCCUCUUUCUCUGUCCUCUUCCAAUCAAGCUUGUUAUCAAGUGUGUCCAUUUUGUCUCUUCAUUUUAUGUAUUGUCCAGAAUUAUAGGCAAUAGGAAAGAUUUAAAUUUGCCCAUGCCUCUGCACAUGAAUGAGAUUUCUAAUACAGGGCAGCUACACCUGGAGACCACAGGUUGUCAACCCCUGGAGCAAACAGUAUAUAGGCUAAUGGGUUUGAUUUUGUAUAAGGCAGCUUGCAAGCUAGUGCAGUUAUUGCGAUGCUGAAAUUUCUUUAUAACGAAUGUAAGAAGGUACACAGCAAAGGAAUGUGGGCUCUUGGCUUUGUAAACUAUGCAAACUCUUUCCAUUCAACUCUCCUAAGACUAAAGAAAUGUGCAAACUUAUAUUCAUGCUCUCAAAUAAAACUUUUACCAAACCGUU